AUGGAAUUAGACGAUUCGACGAAGAAUGCGUUAAAAGCAAUACCUCUGCUGAGAACAAAGGCAGGACCGCGAGAUGGCGAUCUUUGGAUUCAGAGGUUGAAAGAAGAAUACGAGGCUUUAAUAGCUUUUAUCAACAAUAACAAAGCAAGUGAUUCGGACUGGUUUCGAUUGGAAAGUAACGGCGAUGGCACAAAAUGGUUCGGCAAA